ACUUAUUUUACGUAUUUCUGUUUCUGAUCCAACAGCUCAAUGUCCAUUAGCUACAAAAUUUGGUUGUGAUCCUUUAAUUGAGGGCCCUAAUUUAAUUAAAAAAGCUAGUCAAAUGAAGUUAAAAAUUAUUGGAAUUUCUUUUCAUGUUGGAAGUGGUUGUAGAGAUCCAAAAGCUUUUAAUUUGGCUAUUUGUGCUUGUAAAAAACUUUUUGAUUUUGGAAUUUUGGAGGGACAUUCAAUGAAUUUAUUGGAUAUUGGUGGGGGGUUUCCUGGACAAGAUAAUGAACAAAUAACGUUUUUUGAGAUUGUAAAGAUUAUACAAAAUUCUUUAAAUGAAUAUUUUCCUUCUAACAAUAAUAUUGAAAUAAUUGCUGAACCGGGCCGUUAUUUUGCAUCUUCCCUUGUUUCUCUCUGUACAAAUUUAAUUUCUGUUACUAAAGUAUCUGCAUAUAGAGUAACCAAAAGAAUAAAAGAUUUAAAUAAAGAAGGACAAAUGUUAUAUUUAAAUGAAAGUGUUUACGGCUCUUUCAAUUGUAUUCUCUUUGAUCAUUUCCAUCCUUUAGGCAAACCUUUAUUUCAAAAAGAGGAAGAGUAUGAUAAUUUAAAUUUAAUUCCAACAAUUAUUUGGGGACAAACUUGUGACGGCUUAGACCAAAUUGAAGAAAAUACAAAAAUGCCAAAAAUGGAAAUUGGGGAUUGGUUAUUUUAUAAAAAUAUGGGGGCAUACACAAGUGUUGCUGCUAGUAAAUUUAAUGGAUUUGAUAUUCCAAAAAGAAAUUUUUAUGUUUUUAGUCUGAAAUUUUGGAAUUUUAUUUAUAAUUUUGAAAUUAAAAAAGAAGAGAAUAAUAAUGAUAAUGAUGAAAUGAUUAAUAAUGAAGGAUUUAAUAAUGAAAUAAUUAAAAAUGUUUGUCAAGAAUGGAAAGAAAUGUUAACAUUUAAAAAUUUUAUUUGUCCAUAA